AUGAUUGCCUAUAGAGAAGCAGGUUAGUUAUAGAAUUUUAGUAUAAUUAGUGACCAAUGGAGAAAUGUUUUAUUUAGUUGUGUCUGUUUUAGGCAAGGAUUCAUCUAAGAGAUCAAAUAUUUAAUAUGAUCCAAAAUCUUCUCUCCAAAAGAGGAAUUGA